CGUCGAGGAGUACCGCGCUCUCUCUCUCUCGCCGGAGAUGAGGCUGCUCCAAUUGGUCCCAUGCAGUGGGUGGCGGGACAUGGCACCGGAGGACUCGCCGGAGGAACCUCCGAUGGCUCCAAUGGUAUCGGCGAUUCGAGUCUCUCGAGGGAAGCGGCGAAGGUCCAGUUCCAAGUCUUCAACAUCCUGGAGACCGUCGCUGGGGUCGAUCUCCGAGGAUGGAGUCGCAGUGAAGAUGGCGGUGGCGUCUGCGGCCGCCUCUUCAGGGAAGGUUGGUGAAAGAGCGAGGAUGUCGAGAUCUGUGGCUAGGGUUCCGGCGAAUCGGGAAAGAGAUGAUUAUCGGAACUACGGUGCUCCUGCGAUUGUGCCGGCAUUCUCUCCGACGGCGUUCCUCUUCUGAUGCUCCAUUGCAUUGCAUGCAGCUUCUCAUGAUGAUGAUGAUGAUGAUGAUGAUGAUGAUGAAAACGCAGUGUAGUUUAUCUUUUUUUUCUUUUGUUAUUCUGUGAAUGCUUUCCGUCUUUCUAGUGCUAUGUAUGUGUUUGUGAUGUUGGGAAAUGAAAUGCUUUUAAUACCAGAA